CUCGCCGCCAGCCAGUACAAAUUAGGCAGUCCUAUGUAACUAGGACCUGACCGCAACAAAACCGUCAGCAUCUCGAGGUUCGCCAGAUUCAUGAACCGUUGGCAGAGGAUGGAAAACUGGUUUUCUGCUCUAUCACCCAAGACCACAGGAGCUUCAAAAAAAAAUGAUCCCACUCACCCUGGAACAAGGGUUGAAAAUCACACGAAAAUUGUUUGAUAGGCUUGGGCGCUACUAACUUACAAUGUACAUGCGCCCGAUAUACUUAUUUUUAUCAUCAUCAUCCUGAUCCUAUCGCUCAUCUUCUACGGCUACCAACACUUGCAACCAGGUGAGCCUUCACGUGAAAUCCUCACUGGCAACUUAACCCGGAUGAUGACACACAGAUUAACGUUGCCGAAUAACAGAAGUGGAUCCUAUUGCGAGUAAUCUGCAGUCACUGGAACCUUUUGGUGUGAGCUCAUGUUUGAUCGUGGCGUCUAUGGGUCUAAAGCUCAUGAAAAUUGGCGCCCAGUGCUAAUGCCAGAAGCACUCACAGAUGUACUUGAAGAGUUUACGCGCUAUGUAAACAACGACAUCCCAUUCCGCCUUAUCUACCUGUUGGAUAUGACGCUCGUUGGCAGAUCCACUGUGAAGCAACAUUUCCGACCGCUGAUGGACGAGAUCACGAAUGACAUGAUAGACGAGGAGAGUAAAAAGAUGAGACUGGAGCAGGGAUUCAUGUACCCCAUACACUCUGAUAGGCGAUCUGCCGUCCGCGCUCUGGUGGAGGAAAGAGUGCAAUAUGCCAUUUUUUCUCAUCGCUGGCUGGAGGAAGGAGAGCCAAGCUUCAAGGACGUCGAGCAACGAAAUGAAUCUGCUCCCGGAUACGCCAAACUUGGGCACUUUUGUGAAGUAGCUCAAAAAGGCCAUGGGAUGAAGUUCGCAUGGUCAGAUACAUGCUGCAUCGAUAAGAGCAGCAGCGCCGAGCUAGACGAAUCUAUUCGCUCUAUGUUCAGAUGGUACAGAAACUCUGCGAUAUGCAUCGUCCAUCUCGCGCAGUCGACAUCCACAGGAGAUAUGACGGACGACGAAUGGUUCACAAGGGGGUGGACACUGCAGGAAUUGAUCGCUCCGAAGAAGACAAAGUUUUAUAACAAGGACUGGGAACCUCUCACAAGCCUCCACUAUGAUAAGGGCGAAUAUGGAGAUGAAGAUAUUUUAUCUGCGAUCAGCAAGCGUACGGGCAUCAGCCGUCGAAAUCUUCUUCAUUUUGACCCAGGCCCAUUCUUCCUCAAGGAGCGCAUGGAGUGGGCAGCAGGGAGGAGAGCAACACGAGACGAAGACAUUGCUUAUUCACUAACCGGCAUCUUCAACGUCGGACUGCAGAUUGCAUAUGGAGAAGGAGCAGACCGCGCAUUUGUCAGACUUAUCGAAGCUCUCAUGCAAGUCACUAGUGAUACGGACAUCCUGCACUGGACAGGGAAAGCCGCAGUACUUCCGCACACCCAUGCCCUUCCUCCCUCCCCAGCAGCCUAUCGUGUAAAAUCAAUCAGCGGUAGUCGCCCGAGGGGCCGUUUUGCCAUGACGAGUUCGGGCUUCCAAAUCAAACUUGCAGUUUUCCCUUCUCGAUUGGUGUCCACUGAUCAAGAGACGGGGGUGGCGACCCUUGCCUGCGAUCUCGCUGGGAUGCAUGAAGUCAUACUGAAGGUCGAGGUCCUGGAAAGAGAUGCACUGCAGAUGCAUGCUGAUGACGGGUACAAUUGGAUGAUAGGUGUGUUCAAUUACAUGGAUACUCUUGCAGGACCUAAGAUCGCGCCGAUAUCGGGAUGCUACCUGUUGAUGACGUCGUCGUUGUCUCCGGAGUGCAUAAAGCUGCCGACGAGGGAUGUCAUCACCUUCGAGAUGAGCGAGAUGGUAUUUGACGUGAAGUACUUGCAGACCGUGUAUCUGUGAGUGGCCUAAUGCACCUAUCCUAUGCGAACCAUACCGUAAUACAUAGAGUCAUACAUUACAUGCUGUCUUCUCUAUAAUCAAGCUAGGUGGGUGGUAGAAUUGGAGAUGCUAAAAAGUCGAAACGCGGGUUUGAAAAACCAUACGCAUAAUGCAUACAUGUCUAUCAUGAGAGCUGGAAGGAUCCUUGUACCUGGUCUUCGGCGUCGAGGCGCUAAUGUUUCUGGUUCGGCACUGUAAUUUACACCAACGAACACCAAUUGCUGAUCAGGCCAAUUUUACUCGGUGUGUCGGGCAGACAUCGGCCUAGUCCUGCGAGGAUUUUCGGCUCCGUUACACGAAUCGGCAGGGUCGCA